AUGCGUAAAUAUGAGGCCUUGAGGAACCACCAAGGCGUGGCACUGCGUAUAAAAAACCGCGCUUCAAACUCAUUUCGAACUGGUAUCGUCAUGGACAUCAAGGGUAAGGUGGCGCUGAUCACGGGGGCCGGUGGAGACUUCGGAAAAGGAGUCGCUAAGCUCUUGCUCGAAAGAAAGUGUAAGGUUGCUAUUGUGGAUAACCGAAAAGAAGCAGGAGAAAAUGCACAGCGAGACCUUGCCAAAUCGUUCGGAAGGGACAACGUCAUCUUUCUGCAAUGCGACGUCACGAACGAAGAAGAAUUCGAGAACGCUUUUAUCGAAGCCAUCAACAAGUUCGGCAAACUGAACAUCGUCGUGAACAGCGCAGGUGUGGCUGAACUUCCCAACUGGAGGAAAGUGUACGCCAUCAACACGAUGGCCGUGUACUCUGGCAACCUCUUGGGCUUGAAACAUAUGGACAAGAGUCGCGGUUGGGAGGGUGGACAUAUCGUCAACGUGGCCUCCAUUACAGGUUUUAUGGCCUGUCCUCCCGUGCCGUCCUACGCAAGCGCAAAAGCAGCAGUCAUCUCCUUCACUCGCGCCUUUGGGAGCGACAUUUUCUUCAAGAGGACCGGUGUCACCGUGAACUGCAUUUGUCCGGAUGCUAUGGACACUCCUCUGCUGAAAGGACUGCUGGAUGCCUGCGUGCAUGGGGGCCCAGAAGCAAUCGCUGUUGGGAAAUAUUUCCAAGAAAGCAUCCUCGAUCCAGAAAAGGUGGCGCUGGGCGUCAUCAAGUUGAUCGAGGAAAGAGUCAACGGAGCUGCUCUCAUCGCCCUGCGCACGAAGGAAUUUGUUUACCGCAAAUUUGACAUGUGA